CUCGUCGCGCCGGUCGUUUAGUCAAGGUAGGAUCUUCCCCACCGUUGAAGGCGGUUUCUGGCUAAAAAUUCGGAAUUGCUUCACAAUAACACGCGAAUCACUCAAAGGUGAGCAAAUGCUAAAAAGUUCCAUGUGAGUGUACUGUGAGUGAUCUCGUAUUGGAGAUUUUAUUGUUGUGUGUUAAAGGCCGUAUACAUCGUCAUCAUGACAGAGGGUCCCAACGACCUAGAACUGCGAAGAAGGCAGUUCAAGGCUCAAAUGUCCACGGUACACUCGCGAAAACAACAGGCAGUAUGUGUACGAAGGGCGUGCAAAAGGUACGGCACGAAGAGCAAUCCAUACGUUAUCCUAGAUGGGCUCAACAUGACAGUACCCAAAGGAUGCAUAUAUGGGCUGUUAGGUGCUAGUGGCUGUGGAAAGACUACAUUAUUGCACUGUAUAGUAGGAAGAAAAAGAUUAAAUUCGGGGGAAAUAUGGGUUCUGGGUGGAAGACCAGGAUCUAGGGGAAGCGGUGUACCUGGACCAAGAGUCGGAUAUAUGCCACAGGAAGUCGCCCUGUACGGAGAAUUCACCAUCCGGGAGACCCUUAAGUACUUCGGAUGGAUUUCGAACAUGACCACGGAGCAGGUGGAGUCCAAAGUGGACUUCUUCAUCAAAUUCUUGAUGUUGCCGGACGCUGACCGUCAGGUCAAAAACCUCAGCGGCGGUCAGCAGAGGAGGGUAUCUCUGGCCGCCACGUUACUCCACGAACCGGAGCUGCUGAUCCUGGACGAGCCCACCGUGGGGGUGGAUCCACUUCUGCGGAAUAACAUUUGGAGCCACCUGGUGGAGAUAACUAAGCACGGGAGGACGACGGUUAUUAUCACAACGCAUUACAUCGACGAGACUAGGCAGGCACAUUUGAUCGGUUUAAUGCGGGGCGGAUACUUUUUGGCGGAAGAAUCUCCAGAACGACUCAUAUCUCAAUUUGGAGCUGAAAGCUUGGAAGACGUCUUCCUCAAACUCAGCGUUAUCCAGAACAUGGGCAAGCGCCGCAGAUCCAGCAUCCUCCAGAGCGUCACGGACACCAUCCAGGUGCCCGCCUUAUCUGUAGGUGCUGUCAAUGAAGCUGCCGUCUUAGACGAUGAGGUCGGUGAAAUAUCUGGAGAAUUCGGAGACAACGUAUCUAUGUCGAGUAGAACAGGUAGAGUGUCAAUAGCUCCAGAACCAAACGCUGCGGUGCCUCCAGAGUUACCUCCUGAAGAUGAACCAGAGACGUCUUUCAAGGACUAUCUGAAAAUCGUUAAAAAGAACCACAUGCGGGCAUUGAUAUGGAAAAAUUUUCUUUGGAUGUGGAGGAAUAUCCCCAUCAUGAUGUUUAUCAUAGGUCUACCAGUUGGUCAAAUUAUACUUUUCUGUUGGUCUAUCGGACAUGAUCCCCUAGGAAUAAAACUAUCAGUAGUUAACAACGAGAUUGACUACCCUAACGAGUUCUGCCAUGAAAACCUUGGAUGUAACAGUACAAGACUGAGUUGUAUAUAUCUUGACUACGUCACGCAAAAUUACUCUUUGGAUGUGAAAUACUACCAGACCGAGGCAGAGGCUAGAAACACUGUGGAAAAGGGUAAUUCCUGGGCUAUGAUGGUUGUUCCUCAUAACUUUUCCGAUUCGCUUCGGUCGAGAUUAGACAACGGAAGAGACGUGCCUCAAUGGGACCUUGUUACUUCAACCAUCGGCAUCUAUGCAGAUAAAUCUAAUGAGAACAUAGCAACUUUCCUCACCAGAGACUUACUGUUUGGUUUCGAAAGCUUCUUCUCAAAGUUUCUUACAUCCUGUGACAUUGACUCUAAAAUUGCCAGCUUACCGAUAAGGUGGGAAAAACCACUCUACGGUUACGAAAAUCCAGACUUCACCGAUUUCGCUGCCCCAGGUGUUAUCCUAACGAUCAUAUUUUUCAUGGCUGUGGCUUUGACUUCUGGCGCCAUGUUGAUGGAAAGGAACGAGGGGAUCCUAGAACGCAGUCUUGUGAAUGGCAUCAAUGGUACCGAGAUCCUCUUCUCCCAGGUCAUCACACAAUUUGUAGUUAUGUUGGGACAGACCAUCAUGGUCCUACUCUUCGCUUUCGUCAUUUUCCAGCUGACUCAAGAAGGCAGCUGGGUGCUGGUGUUUAUCCUCACGCUCUUGGCAGGAAUUUGCGGAAUGUGUUUCGGAUUCGUAGUAUCUUGUGUGUGCGACAACGAGCGGUCCGCAACGUACUUGGCUUUGGGUAGUUUCCUGCCAAUAGUCAUGCUCUGUGGGAUAAUCUGGCCCAUCGAGGCCAUGAACGACUACUUGAGGUUCGUCUCCUACGUCUUGCCGCUCACUCAGGCAACAGACAGCUUACGUUGCAUCUUGGCAAGGGGCUGGAGCAUCAGCAACCCCGUGGUUUACAACGGAUUCAUAUCCCUUUUGGUUUGGAACGCGGUGUUCCUCGCUAUUAGUAUAUUGAUACUUAAGUUCAAGAAGGGUUAAGCUUAGUUUAAGUAAUUGUGAUUUUUAGUUGUGGUAAGGACUUUUAAUGGCUUUCUGGAUGAACAAAUUUUUUAUAUGCAAUGUUGUUCAAUAAAUUAUUAAAAUUU